AUGAUCGCCCUUCGUUUGAUGGCCGUGACCCUGGUGGUGGCGAUGGCGGCGUCGACGACCUGGGCUCGCAGCUUCAGCAAGCGAGCAAACUUCGACCCUUCCUGCGCGGGCGUGUACGACCGGGAGCUCCUGGGAGGGCUGAGCCGCCUCUGCGACGACUGCUACAACGUGUUUCGCGAGCCCAAGGUGGCCACAGAGUGCAGGAGCAACUGCUUCUACAACCCAGUGUUCGUCCAGUGCCUGGAGUACCUGAUUCCGGCCGACCUGCACGAGGAGUACCAGGCCCACGUGCAGACGGUGGGCAAGUAG